AAGCUAGCUGUUCUUGUCCUGGAGAUCGAUGGGGCAUCACUGCUGCAGUAGGCAGAAGGUGAAGAGGGGACUCUGGUCUCCAGAGGAAGAUGAGAAGCUCGUCAGAUAUAUCAACACCCAUGGCCAUGGCUGCUGGAGCUCUGUCCCUAAACAAGCAGGGUUGCAGAGGUGUGGGAAGAGCUGCAGGCUAAGAUGGAUCAAUUAUCUAAGACCAGAUCUCAAGAGGGGAUCCUUCACAGAACAUGAGGAGAGAGUCAUCAUAGAUGUUCAUAGAAUCCUUGGAAACAGGUGGGCACAAAUAGCUAAGCAUUUACCAGGAAGAACUGAUAAUGAGGUGAAGAACUUUUGGAACUCAUGCAUCAAGAAGAAACUGAUUGCUCAGGGCUUGGAUCCAAAGACUCACAACCUAAUGCCUAAGACUUCUUCAAAUGCUCUUUCAUUGCAUGACUCCAUGGCCAUCCUCCCCACCUUCCAGUACGAGGACCCUAAUGUCCUGAUGAGCUUCAAGGAGAAUGUUUCUCAAGAAUAUAAUAUUAGUACAUCCUCUUCCUCUCUUGAUCAUGCAAAUAUCAUGCAGAUAUCUCCCAAUCAACCAGAUUUCAUAGAUGAUCAUUGCUGCGUUUGGACUACUACUCCUCUUGAGGAGGCCAUGUUUGUUGAUCAGGAAUCAAAGCAAAAUGGUGGAAGGCAAGGUCAGCAAGGAGAAGUACAGUGCAUGGGGGAAAAGGGGGAUCAGUUUAAUGAGGUAAUGAUCAAUGGAGAUGCAAGCUUUGAUCUUGAGCUCAUGGAAUCUGAAUUGAUGCCUUGUGGAUCGGUUUUUUGUGGUGAUAACUCCAUAGAGCAACUGCAAUGGGAAUGCUAGCUAGCUAGCUCCCUUUUAUGCAUGCACAGUUUUCUUCAGAAAUUGCCUCAAUAGUUAAGGUUUUAAUGAGGGAAUAUUGAACUGGCAAUGGCAGUUCAGAUUGAAUAAAUUUUCUUGUGUGAGUUUUAUUGAAGUGCAAUGUCCAGGUUUAUCUUCUAAGCCCUCCAGGCCGCCGGAAAGUCCGCCGUAAUGUUUCCGGCGAACAU